AUGCCUUCCCUCAAGUCUUCCUUGAUCUGCGGUGCCACCCUGGCUUCUGCCCUGGUGUCUGCUGCCCCUGCAACCCGUGCCUCUGACUUCGACAAGCGGUCCACCUGCACUUUUACCUCUGCGGCUCAGGCCUCCGAGAGUAAGACCUCCUGCACCGACAUUGUCCUCAAGGACAUCACUGUCCCUGCCGGAGAGACUCUUAACCUCAAGGACCUGAAGAGCGGCACCAAGGUCACGUUUGAAGGAACCACCACCUGGGAGUAUGAGGAAUGGGAUGGCCCUCUCCUUUACAUCUCCGGAAAGGACAUCACCGUCACCCAGUCCUCCGGUGCUGUGCUCGACGGAAACGGUGCCAAGUGGUGGGAUGGUGAGGGCAGCAACGGCGGCAAGACCAAGCCCAAGUUCUUCUAUGCCCACGACCUCGACAACUCGGUCAUCUCGGGCCUGCAGAUCAAGAACACCCCGGUCCAGGCCAUCUCCGUGGAGUCGGACAACCUCAUUAUCGAGAAUGUGACCAUCGACAACAGCGACGGUGACGACAACGGUGGCCACAACACUGACGGUUUCGACAUCGGUGAGAGCACCUACAUCACCAUCACGGGCGCUACCGUGAAGAACCAGGACGACUGUGUCGCGAUCAACUCGGGCGAGAACAUCUACUUCUCCGGCGGCACCUGCUCCGGCGGCCACGGUCUCUCCAUUGGCUCCGUCGGCGGCCGCUCCGACAACACCGUUAAGAACGUUACCUUCAUCGAUUCGACUGUCACCAAGUCCGAGAACGGUGUGCGCAUCAAGACCGUGUACGACGCGACCGGUGAGGUUGAGGACGUGACCUUCUCCAACAUUGUCAUCUCCGACAUCACCGACUAUGGUAUCGUUAUCGAGCAGGACUACGAGAACGGCAGCCCUACCGGCGACCCCUCCAACGGUGUCACCAUCUCCGGCGUCAAGAUGGAGAAGGUUACGGGCAGCGUGGAGAGCGAUGCGACCGAUAUCUAUAUCCUGUGCGGUAGCGGUAGCUGCACCGACUUCACCUGGACUGGCGUUGAUGUUACCGGUGGAAAGACGAGCAGCAAGUGCAAGAACUUGCCCUCUGGUGUGUCUUGCUAGAAGGGGUG